AUGUCUCUUAACCCGCCAUUUAACAAAGAAAGCGCGCAGGCAAAGGUGAAGAAGGCGCAGGAUUUGUGGAACACCCAGGAUCCGAAGAAGGUUUCUGGUGCCUACACCCCCGCUAGCAAGUAUUGCCCGGGCAUCUGGCGCAAUCGAGAUGUCUUCUUUACCGGAACCGCAGCUAUUGAGGAGUUUCUGACGAAGAAAUGGGAGAAGGAGAAGAACUACCGUCUUCGAAAGGAGCUCUUCGCCUUCACCGACAAUAAGAUCGCCGUCCAGUUUUGGUAUGAGUAUCAGGAUGCGCACGACGGCAUGAAGUGGAAGCGCUGUUACGGGCUCGAGGAUUGGACAUUCGCGGACGACGGGCGGAUGCGCAAAAGGCAGAUGAGUGGAAACGACGUGGCAAUUCGCGACUCAGGUUCGCGCAGUUGCCUUCUCUGCAUUGUGCGAAUACUGAUGAUGUGA